GCUCUAUUGCAAGGACUGAAUAGUCCAUUCCAGAGGCACAAAACUACAGGAUGGAUUUUAAGGGGAGUUGCAACAGCAGCCCCUGAGUUCUUGACGGCUUUCUGAUCCACCUUGACCCUGGAUUGCGCGAGAUUGUGCUCAAGGAGUGAGAGUCCCAGGAUCGCGAGCGCAGCCCCGAACUGUUCUGAGCAGGGACUGUAAAGCGUUAAGAGAGAGAAAUCUUUGCUGGCCUGGUUUGUCCGCUACAGGCCGCCGUAGCGGGGCCAGCUCGGUACAGUCAUGGCUGCCGCCCGGGGAAAGAAAGAGGAGAGCAGCGGCUGUAAGACGAGAAAAGAGGAGGAUGAGGAGGAUGGAGAGGAUAACAUUCUCUACGACUUGCUGAUCAACACCGAGUGGCCGCCGGAGAAUGAGGUGCAGCCAAGAGGCAGCCGGAAGCAUUGUGCAUCAUUUAUCAUCACAAGAAUGAUUAUGGGCCCUGCAUUGUUUCUGCGCCACUUCUGGUGCAGUAGUGCAAAAUCAUCUCUCCCUGUUGGUUUUGUCCGCCUGGUCAGUAAACAGAUGAAUUGGCAUCUAGAGCUUGCGAGCAAUGGAAAACUGUUAGCAGUUGUUCAAGACCAGACUAUAGAAAUAAGGUCUGCAAAGGAUGAGUUUGGAUCUGUCAUUGGGAAAUGUCAAGUUCCAAAAGAUCCUAAUCCACAAUGGAGAUGUGUUGCGUGGAGUCAUGAUUGCACUUUGCUUGCCUAUGGUGAAAGCACAGGAACUGUUCGAGUAUUUGACUUGGUCGGCAGUGAACUCUUGCUCAUCCAACCGGACACUAGUUUCCCAGGGGACUUGACUGAUGCCAUUGCAGGAUUGAUCUUCCUGGAAUACAAAGCCAGUGCUCAGUGGUCAGCUGAAUUGUUAGUCAUCAAUUAUCGUGGUGAGCUGAAAAGCUACUUGGUGAGUGUUGGAACAAAUCAGAGCUACCAAGAGAGCCAUGUUUUCAACUUUAGCAAGCAUUAUAUUAAUGGAAUAACUGGAGUAGUUUAUCAUCCUGCACAUCGGCUCUUGAUUAUCGGUGGCUGUGAAGUGGAUGAUGAUGGAGCUGGAAUGUCUAAAGCGGGUAGUUGUGGUUUGUCAGUAUGGAGAGUUCUUUCUGGAUCACCCUAUUAUAAGCAGGUUACUAAUUAUGAAGACGAUGUUGGGAUUGCCAAGAAAAGUUCAUUGUUCAAGAUCUUUCAUCUUUCAUUUUACAACAGGCAAGGAAGUGAAAAGGAUGGUAUCUUCAAGAUGAGCCUUUCUCCAGACAACACUCGCCUAGCAGUUAUACACUUCUCAGGAAAACUGACUAUUUGGCGCAUUCCUUCUUUGAAACAACAAGGAGAAUGGGAACAAAGUGACCAGCCAGGAUAUGAUGAAAUCAAACCAGAAUGGAAACUCUCUCUUGAAAAGCGAAAGAAAAUUAAAGACAAAGCAUCUUUUUAUCCACUGAUAGAUAUAAACUGGUGGGGGGAGAAUGCUGUCAUUUUGGCUCGCGGUUCAGGUGCUCUGACAGUGUCAUCAGUGAAGAACUUGAAAAACCUGUUGGGGAAAUCCUGUGAAUGGUUUGAAAGCUCCCCUCAGGUCACAUCAGCUCAUGAUGGAGGAUUUCUGUGCUUGGAGUGUGAGGUAAAGUUUGCCUCAAAGAGAUCGCGCUCAGAUAGGCCUGGCGAUGAAGAUGAAGGAGAAGAUGACUCGGAUUCAGAUGAUGAAAUGUCUGCAAAGGCCCGUUAUUUUGGCUACCUUAAGCAAGGACUUUAUUUUGUGACUGAAAUGGAGCGUUUCGCUCCUCCAAGGAAACGUCCUCGCACAAUUAUGAAGAAUUAUCGGCUUGUGAAUCUCAGAUCCACAACCCCUGAGGAAUUGUACCAAAGGAAGAUUGAUAAUGAAGAAUAUGGGGAAGCUUUGUCAUUAGCUCAAACAUAUGAACUUGAUUCUGACCUUGUUUAUCAGAGGCAGUGGAGGAAAUCUGCUGUUAGUGUGGCUUCUAUUCAGGAUUAUUUGAGCAAAAUUAAGAAGCGUUCUUGGGUACUUCAUGAAUGCCUGGAAAGAGUUCCUGAAAAUGUGGAUGCUGCUAAAGAAUUGUUGCAAUAUGGCUUAAAGGGGACAGACUUGGAGGCUCUUAUAGCUACAGGGAAAAGAGAAGAUGGUGGCAGAUUUAUCUUACCAGGUGAUGUAGACAUUGAUGAACUACUUUAUGAAGAGUUUUUAACACCAGAAGAAGAAGCAGAGUAUAGAAAGGAGCAGGAAGCCAUAAAGCGUCAAAAACUUCUAGAAUCAGUAAACUUCUCAAAAUUAACUCUGGAACAGAAAGAAUUAUGUCGUAGCAGGUUGAAACUACUAACCUAUUUGGAUCGGCUUGCAACAUAUGAGGAAAUACUUGGAGGACCACAUGCUGCUGAGCAAAAUUAUGAUGCAGAGUUUUUCAGGAAGUUCCGCAAUCAAAAUAUUGUGCUUUCUGCAAGGACAUAUGCUCGGGAAAGUAAUGUAAGAGGCUUGGAGAUUUUAUUCACAUAUCAUGGAUCAGAUCUGCUUCCAUAUCGGCUGCCAAUUCUCUCCAAUUUUCCUGAGACUACCUCCCCACAUGAAUACUCUUUUUUGUUGCCUGAAGCUUGCUAUAGAGAAAGUGCACUAGAGAUUGUUCCCUGGAGUGAGAAGAAACAUAGAGAAGAAGAUUGGUGUGAAGGGCCACUAUGCAAGUUAACUAUUGACCCAGUUAUCCAAGAUGAAAGUGAAAUUUUAUUUGACUCUCAACCUGAAUUGUUGAAAUACAGAACAACUGACCUUUCAAUAAACUUGGUCACAGACUGGUACUGGAAACGAGCAGAGGAGAUAGAAAACUACUCUAUGCAGGUAGAUUGUGCUCUCUCACUGGUUCGCCUUGGCAUGGAAAGGAAUAUUCCUGGUCUUCGCUCUCUCUGUGAUGAUCUGGUUACAUUGGAGACACUAGUUUAUGAGACUGGAUGUGACAUUACUUUGAAGUUAAAAGAGCUACAGCAAAUGGAAAACAUUGAGAAGCUAAGGCUGUUAAUGUCAAAUUCAUCAGAAGACAGAUACGUCAAAAAUGCUUACCAGUGGAUGGUCCCAUUCCUACACCGGUGUGAAAAUGAGUCUCCAGGCAUUGCUAAUAAGCUUCUAAGAGAGUACUUGGUAACAUUGGCAAAGGAAGACCUGACAUUUCCUUUGAAAAUAUUUGAACAUUCAAAACCAUCAGGUCAGCAAAAAAUAAUUUCUGAUGAAGUUUUGUUGAUGAUGAUUGCUUUAGAAUGUAUCUACGGCUGCAGACGUGAUGACCAGCUCUCUCUGUGCUAUGACAUCUUAGAAUGUCUUCCCCCAAGAGGUUUGAGUCCUGAAACAGACAUUACCAAUAAUCUUCACAAUAAAAUUGAUGAAUUGGAACAAAUUCUUCGUGUAUCAGAAUUCCUGGAGAAGCAUGGACUCCAGAAACCUGUAUCCUUUGUAAAAGACACACAGAACAGUCCAGAAGAAGCACAGAAAUUGAUGAUAAGAUUGACUCGGCACACAGCCAAAAAGCAGCCUUCUGUUAAUGAAAAGUAUUGGAUGGGAUUAUUGCAAGAUAUGCUGGCUAUGCAGAAGAAUGUAUAUACAUGUUUAGGAUCAGACACGUGCUAUGAGAUUUUUACCGAAAGUCUUCUAUGUUCAAGCCUGCUGGAGAACAUCCACUUAGCUGGGCAAAUGAUGCAUUGCAGUAUUUGGUCAAUAGAUCCCCCUGUUAGUGUUGUUUCUAAAGGAAAAUUGCAAUACAGAAUCAGCUAUGAGAAAAGCAUUGAAUUAGUUUUGGCUGCUAGCAGAGAGUACUUCAAUUCUUCAACCAGUCUGACUGAUACUUGCAUGGAUUUGGCCAGAUCCUGCUUGCAGCUGAUUUCAGACUGUCCACCUAUUAUUCAAGAGGAACUAGAUCUCAUUCGUGCUCUUAGCUACUUUGAAGAAUUUGGUGUGAAAAUUUUACCAUUACAAG